AUGGGCGGGAACCACUCCCACAAGCCCCCGGUGUUUGACGAGAAUGAGGAAGUCAACUUUGACCAUUUUCAGAUCCUACGGGCCAUUGGUAAAGGGAGUUUUGGGAAGGUCUGCAUCGUGCAGAAGCGAGACACUAAGAAAAUGUACGCAAUGAAGUACAUGAACAAGCAGAAGUGCAUCGAGAGGGAUGAAGUCCGGAACGUCUUCCGGGAGCUCCAGAUCAUGCAGGGGCUGGAGCAUCCUUUCUUGGUCAAUCUGUGGUACUCCUUCCAGGACGAGGAGGACAUGUUCAUGGUGGUGGACCUACUGCUAGGAGGGGACCUACGUUAUCACCUGCAACAGAAUGUACAUUUCACAGAGGGGGCCGUGAAGCUCUACAUCUGCGAGCUGGCCCUGGCCCUGGAGUAUCUGCAGAGGUAUCACAUCAUCCACAGAGACAUCAAGCCAGACAACAUACUGCUGGAUGAACACGGACAUGUUCACAUCACAGACUUCAAUAUAGCGACGGUUGUGAAAGGCACAGAAAAGGCUUCCUCCAUGGCCGGGACCAAGCCCUACAUGGCCCCGGAAGUGUUCCAGGUGUAUGUGGACGGAGGCCCUGGGUACUCCUACCCCGUUGACUGGUGGUCCCUGGGUGUCACGGCCUAUGAGCUGCUGCGGGGCUGGAGGCCAUAUGAAAUCCACUCGGCCACUCCCAUCGAUGAGAUCCUCAACAUGUUCAAGGUGGAGCGUGUCCACUACUCCUCCACGUGGUGCAAGGGCAUGGUCGCCCUGCUGAAGAAGCUCCUGACCAAGGACCCUAAGAGCCGCCUGUCCAGCCUCGGUGACGUCCAGAGCGCACCCUACUUGGCCGACAUGAACUGGGACGCGGUGUGGGAGAAGGCCCUGAUGCCCGGCUUCAUACCCAAUAAAGGGAGGCUGAACUGUGAUCCCACAUUUGAACUUGAAGAAAUGAUUCUUGAAUCCAAACCACUUCACAAAAAGAAGAAGAGGUUGGCAAAGAACAGGUCCAAAGAUGGCACGAAGGAGAGCUGUCCUCUGAAUGGACACCUCCAGCAAUGCCUAGAGACAGUGCGGAAAGAAUUCAUCAUAUUCAACAGAGAGAAGCUGAGGAAGCAGCAAGGGCAGAGCGGCCAACUCUUGGACACAGAAGGCCGAGCCGGGAGCCAGGCCCAGGGCAAGCUCCAGGACGGGUGUAACAACAACAUCCUGGCCCACGCCUGCUCCCGUGGCUGCAGCAGCUAA